AUGGCGCCGCCGCCGCCGCCGCCGCCGCCCCGCCGCCGCUUCCCGCGCCGGGGGCCGGGGGCCGCUGCCAACCGCUGCCGCCGGCCGUGCGGGGGCUCCGUCGUGGUGGCCGCGGGGCCCGGCGCCCGCCGCCCGGCCCUCGCCUCGCCCGGGGCCCUCGCUCCGCCGCGGCCCGGCGGCUCCCGAGCGCGGCCGGCGGGGAAGGAGGCCGCGGGCUGUGCGCGGCGGCGGCGGCGGCGGCGGCAGGAACUGAUGUCAGGCGGGGCGGCGCCAGGGCCGCGCCGGGCGCCCCGCGUCCCCGACACCCGCACGGGCCGGGCCGGCGCCGCUCGGAGACCCCGGGCCUCCCACACCCCGGGCCGGCGCCGCUCCGAGACCCCGGGCCUCCCACACCCCGGGCCCCUCGGAGACCCCGGGCCUCCCACACCCCGGGCCGGCGCGGCUCCGAGACCCCGGGCCUCCCACACCCCGGGCCGGCGCCGCUCGGAGACCCCGGGCCUCCCACACCCCGGGCCGGCACCGCUCGGAGACCCCUGGCCUCCCACACCCCGGGCCCCUCGGAGACCCCGGGCCUCCCACACCCCGGGCCGGCGCCGCUCGGAGACCCUGGGCCUCCCACACCCCGGGCCCCUCGGAGACCCCGGGCCUCCCACACCCCGGGCCGGUCCCGGGCCUCCCACACCCCGAGCCCCUCCGAGACCCCGGGCCUCCCACACCCCGGGCCGGCGCGGCUCUGAGACCCCGGGCCUCCCACACCCCGGGCCUCCCACACCCCGGGCCGGCGCGGCUCCGAGACCCCGGGCCUCCCACACCCCGGGCCGGCGCCGCUCGGAGACCCCGGGCCUCCCACACCCCGGGCCGGCGCCGCUCAGAGACCCCGGGCCUCCCACACCCCGGGCCGGUCCCGGGCCUCCCACACACCGGACCAGUCCCGGGCCUCCCACACCCCGGGCCGGCGCCGCUCGGAGACCCCGGGCCUCCCACACCCCGGGCCGGCGCGGCUCUGAGACCCCCGGCCUCCCACACCCCGGGCCGGCGCCGCUCGGAGACCCCCGGCCUCCCACACCCCGGGCCGGCGCCGCUCCGAGACCCCGGGCCUCCCACACCCCGGGCUGGCACCGCUCGGAGACCCCGGGCCUCCCACACCCCGGGCCGGCGCCGCUCCGAGACCCCGGGCCUCCCACACCCCGGGCUGGCACCGCUGGGAGACCCCGGGCCUCCCACAUCCCGGGCCGGCGCCGCUCCGAGACCCCGGGCCUCCCACACCCCGGGCCGGCGCCGCUCGGAGACCCCGGGCCUCCCACAUCCCGGGCCGGCGCCGCUCGGAGACCCCGGGCCUCCCACACCCCGGGCCGGCGCGGCUCCGAGACCCCGGGCCUCCCACACCCCGGGCCGGCGCCGCUCCGAGACCCCGGGCCUCCCACACCCCGGGCCGGCACCGCUGGGAGACCCCGGGCCUCCCACACCCCGGGCCGGCGCCGCUCCGAGACACCGGGCCUCCCACACCCCGGGCCGGCGCCGCUCAGAGACCCCGGGCCUCCCACACCCCGGGCCGGCGCGGCUCCGAGACCCCGGGCCUCCCACACCCCGGGCCCCUCGGAGACCCCGGGCCUCCCACACCCCGGGCCGGCGCGGCUCCGAGACCCCUGGCCUCCCACACCCCGGGCCGAGACCCCUGGCCUCCCACACCCCGGGCCGGUCCCGGGCCUCCCACACCCCGGGCCUCAGGGCCCACACGGUCCUGCCCUCCUCAGGGACCCUGGAGCCACCAGCUCCCCUCGGCCAGGGACCCCGAGACUUCUCAGCCCACAGAUCCGGGGGACCCUGGAGGCCCCCUCAAGCCCCGCUCCCCUGGCUCUGCAGGCCUCCCCGCAUUCCUCACCCUGA